ACUGGAACAGGAACACACACGUAUUGAGAUCGAAGGGUGACCUUUUUGUAUUGCUGUUUGCUGAAUGCGGCAUAUUUAAACAUUACAGAAGUUUCGUCAUUUAAUGGAAACUAUUAAAUAAUUCACAAUGCUUUAUAAUAUUAUAUCUGUAUUUAGUGUUUUACUUUCAACGUGCUGCGGAGAAAUAGAAUAUAUUAAACCAAACGAGAAAUGGCCAACGGUUGGAAUUUCAAUUCUCGUUCGCAAUAAAGCUUAUUCCUUACCGUAUUUCCUUUCUAGCUUGUUGCAAUUAGAUUAUCCUAAGGACAGAAUAUAUUUAUGGAUCUACAGUGAUUACAACACAGAUAAUAGUGAAGAUAUCCUACAGGAGUGGACAGCAGCACAUGAAACCGAAUACCGGCAAAUAUUCUAUAAAAGUAAUACAACUCACACAAUGCAUGGUGACCAAGAAACACCAACACAUUGGAGUCAGCAGCGGUAUACACAUGUUAUAGCGUUGAGGGAAAAAGCUCUCAGGUUUGCAAGGGAUAUGUGGACGGAUUAUUUAUUUAUGCUUGAUGCAGAUGUUAUUUUAACAGAACCACUUACAUUGAAAUACCUUAUCAAUAAAGAAUAUCCCAUUGCAUCACCUAUGCUUGUAUCAGAUGGAGCUUAUUCAAACUUUUGGUGUGGUAUGGAUGAAUACUAUUACUAUAAGAGGACUGAAGAUUAUCGGCCCAUAUUACGAUACAAGAAAGUUGGAUGUUUUGAUGUACCAAUGGUACACUCUGCUGUGUUAAUAAACUUGAAUUAUAAGAAAUCUGAUUUGCUGACAUACCAACCAAAGAAUAUAAAAAAUUACAAUGGACCUGAAGAUGAUAUUAUAGCAUUUGCAAUCAGUGCAACAAAGGCGGGAAUACCCAUGUAUAUAUGCAAUGAUCACAUAUAUGGCUUCGUACCAGUGCCGCUGGAAAAGGACAGUUAUCACUUGGAAGACUUUGAGGAAAUGCUCAAUGUCAAAAUGGAAAUGCUCGGGCGAGGGAAACACGUACCCCUCGAGAAAGAUCUCGAAAAAUAUGUCAAAUAUCCAACGCCUGGGAAGCUCAUGUGUGACGAGAUAUUUAUGAUAAAUUUGGAACGAAGGAAGGAAAGGCGCUUGCUAAUGGAAGCCAGUUUUAAGGAGCUCGGGCUAAAUGUGACUCUGUUUAAAGCCAUUGACGGCAAGAAGAUGAGUAAUGAAGACGUUCUUAAGUACAACAUAAAACUUUUGCCAAAUUAUGAGGAUCCAUAUCACAAAAGGCCAAUGAAAGCUGGUGAAAUUGGUUGUUUCUUGAGUCAUUAUGAAAUUUGGAAGAAGAUUUUGGAGAACAACUAUGAAACUGCGCUCAUUUUGGAAGACGAUAUUCACUUUGUGCCAUUCUUUAGGCAGAAGUUUCUACGAAUGCUUGAUGAGAUCAAAGAUAUUGAAUGGGACCUUGUUUACAUCGGGCGCAAGAUCCUGCUGGACAGCGAGGAGCAGCGGGUGACUCAGCACACGACGAGGCCAUUGUACUCGUACUGGACGCUCGGCUAUGUGCUCCGGCUUAGCGGCGCCAGGAAACUGAUCGACGCCGAACCCCUGGCCAAGCUACUGCCAGUGGACGAGUACCUGCCCAUCAUGUUUGACGAACACCCAACGCACGAAUGGUCAAAACAUUUUCCUGUACGCAAUUUGAAAGCACUAUCCGCGGCACCGUUGCUAGUUCACCCGACGCACUACACCGGGGAGGAAGGCUACAUAAGCGACACCGAAGACUCUAUAGUCGUGUACGAUAAAGACAAACCAAGGACUGACUUGUAACUUCUCUCUUAUGACUAAUUCCUUGAUUUCAACGCACUCAGGCGUCAGUUUGAAAUAUAAAUAAUUGUUGUUUCGUGGUGACAUUACUUAAUAUAUAGGUUAGGAAACAUGUGUAGUUAAAUAUUUACUUAACUUAGUUGUAGAUUGGACUCACCGGUAUAUUGAUUUAUUAUCGUGAUGAAAUAACUGAAUUUAAUUACAUGUAUUAAACCUUUUAAUUGAUAACCAUUUAAGUAAGUUUAUUAACAAACCAUUGAUAAGUAUGGCGGCCAUAUUUUAUAGUCAUUUUAUAAAUUAGUUAAGAUUUUGUUUACUUUUUGACAUACUGAUUUAUCUGUAAUUAAAUUUCAUUAUUAACUAUAUACUUAAUAGCUUUAUAGUGUACAAGCAUUCAAAAUGCAUUUAUUUUAUAUGAUAUUUUAUAUAAUAAGAAAAUCUCUAAUAUAUUGUGUGCCAUAAUUUGUAAGUUCCUUUAUUCGAAACAUUUGUAUAAUUAAUAAAAUACCAAAGCAUG